GAGAGCCUCGACUCGCAACAAUAGCUCAGCUGUAGAGGCGAGGUGAGAGGUGACUGCAGGCUGGUGCAUUUAAACCUUCCGCCGCCAUUGUGGUCUGCAGGUACAACAUACGGCGCUUCCCGAGUACACCUGGAACGUCUGGGACGAAGAGACGUCACCUGUAUGGACGUACAUCAGGAAUGAACUUCAAGCCUUAGAAGGCGCGAAAACUUCAGCACAGACAUUCCCAGAAGGUGACGUCACGAUCAAACGACACCCCAGGACAAAUCCAAGAUGGCGGCGGCGGUUGGCGGACGCUCGAGGACGUCGUCGAGCGGUUCUGGGAACGAGAUGCUAACGUGUGGCAUCUGUCUUGAUACGUAUACGCGGCCCAAACUACUGCCGUGCGCCCAUUCGUUCUGUGAGGACUGUCUACAGGGCAUGGUGGGUUGGAGGAUAUCCAUGUCAUGUCCCAACUGUAGAAAGGACGUCAAACUUCCAGACACAGGUGUUCGCGGGCUACCUGAGAACUUCUGGGUCAGUAACCUGAGGCAGGUGCUGUCUGAACGGAGGGAACUGGAGGUCAGGGAACUGGGCAUGCGCAGGGAGGGGCGGGAAUGUUCCACUCACGAGGGGGAACAGCUAAGAUAUUUCUGCACCCGUUGUGACGAAACCGUCUGCUCCGAGUGCAUGAUCCUCGGCCACAAAAAUCAUAACGUCACCAGGCUCGGUGACGUGUUAGAGCAACAGAGGGCAAAGGUGAAAGUUCAGCUGGAGAGGGGCAAGAAGCGCACGCAGGAGCUGACGGGAAGACUGCGGGAAAUGGCGGAAACGGAAACGGAGCUGAACGCCAGACAGGAACGCGCGAAAAAGAGCAUCCAGGAAGCGACCGAGAAGUUGAUCGACGCCAUCGCGAAGGAGAAGGUGGCGCUGCUGCAGGACCUGGACACGAGUCACCAGGCAGCCAGAAACGUCAUCGCUGACGUCAGAACUCAGGUGGGGCAUGGGAACGAGAUCACUACGCAUGAUGAGGGAAAGAUCGAACAGGACCUGGGAGGUUUGAUGUUGACCUUGAACAGAGCCGAGGCUGCUGUGGCCGCAGACGACGCAGCCGACAUCCUGGACUCCAAGCACAAACUCUCCGCUCUGAAGAUGGACACUGUCUACUCCUGCCCACUCCCCAACUUCAAGUUCACGUCUUCCAAGGUCCUGAACUCCAAGAUCAAGGUCGGUCAGCUCUCAAUCACCAAGGACGUUCCUUCUACCAAUAACAACAACAACCGGCCAAACUCCAUAGAGGAACGGAGAACGUACAAUCGUGGAUACAGACUCGGUGCCAGUGCACUACGGCUUCUGAAGAGACCAGUGUUUUGGGUUGUCGUUAUGAGUUUCGCGGUUCUCGUGUGCGCUGUUUUGUUCUCGCCGGUCAGCUUGAGUGAUGUCCUGCAGUACGGCGAUGACCAGGAAGAGGGCGCUUCAACCUUCUCAGUAUAUUCGCAAUACUGGGAGGACCAGAGUCCGUAGGGUCAAAAGUGCAAAGAGCCCUUUAUAAUUUUUCUACUUUCAGAGCAUCCCUGAUUUGACAAAAUUCUUUGACUAUGCGUUUGGAAAAAGGACUACAAUACGAAUGUAUAACUUUUUGCACAAUUUGUGUAUCAAGCUUUUAAAAAGGUGCAAUGGUGAAGACAUAGGUGCGUUUGUAAAAUUGUGUAGCAGUCUUGAAAAGAUGCCAUAACUAACUUAUAGCUUGUGUAAGGAACUGACAGGAGUUCAGAAAGCUGAAAUCACUUUUAUAUGAUAGCAAUAUUAAGGUAUUUAUUUCAGCUCAACGUAUAGCAUAUAUUAAUACAGUUCAAACUGUUAUAUGUAAAUAUCUUGCUACAAUAUUGUAUACCACCACACUAUCCGCAAUACAUACGUUGUAAUAUGCCAUAUAAACAAGCAAUCACUUUUAAGUAUAUAGGUUGGGAAUGCUACGAGACUUUUAUUCUUGUUUCCACAGUCAAUAAAACAUGCCAUC